CAGGUUCUGUCUCUACUGACCAUCUGUGUGGAUACCAACUACAACAGCUUCAGAGCUCAGGCAGACACUGCACAGUAGAGGGAAGAGGUAGAGGAUCCAUGUCUGUUCAUCUCGAUUUAAUGCUGGAAAUGUCGUUGUUUGGGUCGCUGGAGGAGUCCUCUCUACCUGUCAGCCUGAGUAAAUGUCAGAGCAAGCUGCUGCUCUUCCCAGACCACGCCGUGGGAGACAGACCAACCUCAUCGCCGUGGCAACCCUCUGUUCUGGCUCAAAGAAAAGAGCCCAGCCCUGAACCAUGUGGCCAAGCUCCCAGGCUUUACUGUGACGAGAGAGGAGGAAGAGAGGAGACUGCAAUUACUGAGGAGGUUUGUCAAAGGUCGAGAGUCAGCGGUGAAAUGGACUUCUUGUCAGCUUGGAUUGUGUCUCCCUCAACUCUACCCUUUCUGUGUCUCAUCUUGGGCGCACAGGCUCAGCAGGCCUUCAGGUCUGAGCCUCGGAACCUGACCGUGCGGAUGGGAGCCACAGCUGUGCUGAGGUGUGAGGUGCUGCGGGCCUCAGGGACUGUGCAGUGGGUGAAAGAUGGCCUCCUCCUGGGACCUCAGAGAAGCCUGCCAGGCUUUCCACGCUACAGCAUGAUUGGAAACCCCAAGAGAGGACAGUUUCAUCUGCAGAUUGAAAAGGCUGAACUGGACGAUGAUGCACUCUUUGAGUGUCAGGCGGGACGAUCUGAGAGCAGUCUGGCGAUCAUAUCCAGCUCGGCUUGGGUCAACAUGCAAAUUCCUCCUUCAAGGCCGCACUUUCAGGUGGAUAUGGCAACACCUUGGGUGGCAGGGAAAAAGUACACCGUCACCUGUGUAGCCCCUGACGCAAAGCCUGAAGCUGAAAUCACACUUUACAAAGAUGGAGUCGAGCUGACAGGUGCAGAGUCUUUCACCGUGUCUGGCUCAAAGGAUAAGCUCCUGAACACGCAUGCUGAAGUAACGGUCACCGCUCUGAGCUCUGACAACGGGAGGCAGCUGGCAUGUCACGCCAAGAACCCCGCCCUUUUCCGGCCCGUGGAGACCACAGUGACCAUGAGCGUGUACUUCCCACCUCAGCCUCCAGUCAUUGUAGGUCUGUCGAGAGAGGAAGUUAAAGCGGGGAGAAUGCUAACACUGGAGUGUGUGUCUCAUGGUGGAAACCCCCUAGCCACUCUCCACUGGACCAAGAAUGGAGAAGUCAUGUCUACAAUUUGGGAGGAGGAUGUUGUUGCAAGAAAGUCCAGCAGUACCCUAAACCUGAGGAUCAGCCCAGUGCAUAACCAAGCAGUUCUGUGCUGUGAGAGCGUCAAUCUGGUGUCCCGGUCUCCCCUGUCUGUCAGCAGCAGAAUUACUGUGCUCUUUGAGCCCGACGAGGUGACACUGUUGGGUUCGACCACAGCCAUAGAGGGGCAGGCCUUGAGCCUGAGCUGCUACACAUCCUCAAGUAAUCCCCCUGUGCAGAUUCGCUGGUGGCUGGGCUACAAAGAGCUCAACACUACCAGUGUCACUGUGGAAGAGGGAGACCAUGGUGGGAUGACAACCAUGUCCAACAUGACCCACCAGGUCUCCAGGGAGGAGGAUGGGCUCGAACUCACCUGUGAGGCUUUCAACAAGGGCACACACUUCUCCAAGACCCAGGUCACCAAAGUCAGUGUCUAUUACCCUCCUCAGAAGAUAUGGCUUGAAGCUCCUUCUCAAGAUGUCCCCCUUCGUUCAGGGACCCCAGUCCGUCUCAUCUGCUUCUCCACUGGAGGAAAUCCCACUGGGACCCUGACCUGGUUCAAGAAUGGAAGGGUUGUGUCUGAUGCAUUGAAGCAGACAUCCUUUGACCGAGGCGUUGCUCGAGAACUGGUCCAGGUCCUGACGGCCAGCGACAACAUGGCAACCUAUCGCUGUGAUGCCAAAAACGAGGCAAAGAAGUCCAUCUCUGCCCACACUAAGCUCUCGGUUCAGUUUCCAGCAAUAAGUGUCAAGAUCACCACCAAACAAAAGGAGCUACGCCGGGGUCAGAUGCUGAGUUUGGAGUGUCUGUCUGGAAGCAGUAACCCAAAGGCCAGCAUCUCCUGGAGCUUGGGUGCACUCAGCUUCAAGGGAGAGGAGCAGCCGCCAAGCAAAGCUCAGUUUGGUGGUGUGUCAGUGCGUAGUUUUCUCUCCCUCAAUCUGACUUCACAGCAUCACAACCAGAGGAUCAUUUGCCAGGCCUACAGCUCCGUGCUAUCGGAGGGUGCUAACACAUUCUUCAAACUUGAUGUGCUUUACCCGCCAGAGUUCAACCUGGAGCAGCCAACACAGGUCCAGGUGGUGGAGGACGACGUGGCAACCAUCCCACUGCUGGUCUCAUCUAACCCCGAGGAGGUCUCCUGCAUUUGGCUGCACCGCAGGGAGAAGCUGGUCAAAGAGGGGGAUCUGCGCUACCACUGGUCAGAAGACAACUCCCUGGAGAUCGAGAAUGUGACAAGGAAGGAUGCCGGAGUUUACACUGUCAAGUGUUCAAACGAAGAAGGUGUCAACCAAAUCUCCAUCAUGCUGGACGUUCAGUAUGCUCCCGGUGUCAAGGCAGAGAAGGACCCAGUAGUGGUGAACCUUGGGGAAACAGCAGACCUGAUAUGUGUGGCAGAUGCCAACCCCAUUAUUUCUGGCAUGUUCUCUUGGAAAUUGCCGGGGGAAGGGGAGGAUGAGAUGGGAGAGGAGACCCAGGAAGACGAAUCUGGCCUCCUGACCAUCCAUGAUGUGACGCGGGCUCACGCUGGGCUUUACCAGUGCACGGUUGAUAACGGCAUAGCCCCCUUUGCUACUGCUGAUGUGCAACUGGUAGUGCAAUUCAAACCGGAGCUGCAAAAAGGAGCCCAGUGGAGGAAAGUAGCCAGCAGAGGGGAUGGCACUACUACAGCUGAGCUAGUGUGUCAGGCAGAGGGUAUUCCACGAGUUGAAUUUGCUUGGGAGAAAAACGGUUUACGCAUGGACUUUGCAAAUCCCAGGUAUGAGGAGCGCACCGUGAGGGAGGGCUCCUUCCACACCAGCACAGUCCAAGUAGUGAAUGUGAGUGCGGCUCUGGACUAUGCGGUCUUCAGCUGCACGGCUCACAACACGCUCGGGGAGGACAAGUUAGACAUCCAGCUCGUCAGCACAAAUCGCCCAGAUCCUCCUUCAUCGUUUCGGCAAGUGGGCGCCACCCACAACUCGGUCACCCUGGAGUGGAUGCCUGGCUUCAAUGGAGGAUUGUGGCAGAGAUUUCGUAUAAGAUACCGUUGGGAUCAGUUGGCCAGUUUCCUGUACGUGGACGCUUUUCCUCCCAGUGCUACCAUCUUCACCGUCACUAACCUGCAGCCUGUCACCACCUAUAACUUCUCCGUCAAUGCCCUCAAUGCAAUGGGAGAGAGCGGCUAUGCUGACAACAAUGCAGUACUGACCGUCUCCACCAAGGAGAGGCCAGGAGAAGGAGAAGUCCCAACAGACGAUGACUCAGUCUCACAGAGUGGGAGAGGACUGCCGGCCUAUUUGACUGUAGUGUUCACAGUGGUGUUUGGAGUCCUGCUGGUCUUUAAUUCUUUGGGUUGUUUCUUUGGAUUGAGGUGGAAAAGGAGGCGAGGACAGACAGGGGGUGGAGGAGACAGCAGCGUGUUAGACGGGAAGAAGAAUGAAGAGAAGGGGUCCAGCCAGUCAACUGUAAACAACUCCAAUAAGUACGAAAGUAGAGAAAAGAUCAACGCUGCGGCCCAGCGAACCCUCCUUAUUGACUCUGGGUCUGAAACAGAGAGCAACGUCUAUGAGAGCUACGCAGCGGAAAGUGCACAUUAUUACUACUACCCCACCGGUGACUACAUGCCGCCUCUCAGUCCACUCCCUGAGGAAACACGCAGGCUCGAUAUCGCCCACCUUGACUCUCAAAGCCACCUGUAUGAAGAAGUAAGAGACAGGGGUCUGUACCAGGAAGUCCUUGCUUCCUCUCUUCCCUCUCGUCCGUCCCUCUUUGACCACAGUUUGCCUAAUCAAAGGAAGGAGUGGAGAUCCCCAACCUACCCUCAGCAGGGUACUGUGGGAGCCAGAGACUUGGUCGAUGUUCAGCUGCUGCACAGAGACUCUGAUCUUCCCUUUGAACUUCGAGGCGAGCUAGUCUAGAAUGAGAAGACUUGGUUGACCACAGAAGAUUCAAGUUCUCUUUUUGAAGCAGCCCUCCUCCCUCUGACUUUGCUCACCUUCAUCAACCCCACCUGUCAGGUACGGGAGGGAGGGUUUCUGUCAUCCACAAAGAAGAUUUUAAAUGCACUCUGUUUUGUACAAUUAUUUGACAAAAUUUGAACAUCUUGGUUUUAUGUGAAUUUGAAGGACAGUGUGUUCAUUAUUAUGAUUUACAGACCAUCCAGAAGAGUUUUCAUUUCAAAAUAUAUCUAAGUCCUUCUAUUAGCAGAUUUUAACUUACAUGAUGCUGUCCAUUUCAGAACUUUGUUGUGGAUUUCAUAGAAACUCUGGAAUCUUCUAACCUUACUCAGGCAAUACAGGAACCCACACACUGAAAGGGCCACACUGGAUUUAGUUUCAAACAGUGGCCUCAGCCCUGACUACUUUGAGUUAAAGGAUACCUGUGUGUCCGAUCCCCAAGCAGUUGUAUUUACAGUGGUUGUAUAAGACAAUUCACCUGUAUGCUACAGAGUUUAAUUCCAUUUCUACUAUUCUUAAUGCUUCUUAAUCUGCCUUUAAUCCAAAUUUGACACAUAGAAGAGCGUGUCUCCCUUUUUUAUUAUCACACUUGUAAAACUGUCCUGGACUCUGUCGCUCCUUUGGAAGGAAAGAAAAGAAGUCAAACCACCCCAGAAGAAGGAAGGAGUGUAAAUGGAAAGAACACUUCCACAAGUGUUUUAUGACAUCUGAUCUAUUAUCCAACUUUAGCAGAUACAUUCAUAACAUCCUUUUCCUAUUUAAAUUUAACUGAUUUCACACAUGUCAUCAACUACAUGCAGCCUUGAUUUCAUUCCCGCCAAGUUUCUACAAGGUUUUUAGCAUGACUGGACACAGUAUUUUAUCAAUUAUCAAACACUUCCUGGCAGACGAUGGGUUUCCCUCUUUUUGUAAACACACUGUGGUCCAACCUCUUUCAAAUCAACCUUACCUUGACCCCUCUGUUAUUAAACAUUUUGGGCAAAUUUCAAAAUUCCAAUUUUUAUCAAAAGAUUUAGUGAAAGUGGUUCCAUGUCAAUUUUUGUCUUUUAUGUCCCAUAGUAACCUCUUUGAGAAAUUGUAAUCUGUUUUUAGACCUUAUCAUUGCACACAGCUCCUUAAAGUGAUAAAUGACCUUCUUUCUGGAGCAGACAGGGGGAGAGUGCAAUAUUAUUUCUUUAGACCACUGCGCAGCUUUGGAUACAGUGGAUCACAAUUUUAAUUGAAAGUCUAGAAAAUUGGGUGGGUAUCAGAGACACAGUACUUAGUUGGUUUUAUUUUUAUCUUUUAGAUUGAACUUUUGCAGUCACCGUAGGUAAGAACUCCUCAACAUCUUACACUACCUGUGGUGAACCUCAAUGUUCAUUUUUAUGUCUGAAUAUAUUCUCUAUUUAUAUGCUCCCAAUUGGCCAAAUAAUUCAGUCCCACAAAGUCUCUGUUUAUUGUUACGCAGACGACGCACAGAUAUAGACUCAACAAUCCAAAAUCGGAAAUAAUACUGUUCGAACCACAAAAAUCCAACCCUCAUACUGAAAGCGGCCUUGGUGCCCUGUCUGCCAGUGUGAAGCCAACUGCUACAAAUGUAGGAGUAGGGCUGGACUCUGAGAGGACCUUUGAAACACAAGUCAAAAAAUGGUUUAGUACCAGUUAUGUAUCAUCACCAAAAUAAAACAGUUUUUUACUCAUUCAGAUCUCCGAUCUUAUUCACACACUCAUCUCCUAAAGACUUGACUCACUUUUAACUGGCAUUAACAAUAAAAUACUCUCACCUCCAAAUUGUCAAGAAUGCAGCUGCUUGGCUUCUUAUAGGUUUGAACGGACAACAUUACAUCACACUCUGUGCAAAGGUCUAAAGAAAUAAUGUUGCACUCUCCCCCUGUCUGCUGUCUUAUCACUUUAAGGAGCUCUAUGCAAUGAUAAGCUCUAAAAGCAGAUUCAAAUUUCUAAGCGUUCCUUCAUUGAAGCCCUAUAAGUUUUAGAAAUGAUUUUAAGAUUAUACUGAUCAUUUUUAAAGCAUGUACUGAUCUGUCUCCAAGCUACAUACCAGAACUGUUGACACCAUAUGAGCCGACCUUCAACCUUAGAUCCUCAGGUGGGAGCCAGAGUCAAAGCUUCAAUCUAAAGGAGACCAAGCUUUUUCCAUCAAGGACCCCUCUACUUUGGGACAUCCUGCCUGAGGAAAUGAGGCUUGCACAAUCAGUAAUGUUUUUUAUUUCACUUUUAAAACUCACUUUUAUAGACUUGCUCCAUGUGAUUUCUUCCCUUAUGGAUUUUAUUAAUAUUUAUCUUUUUAUUUAGGUAUUUAUUUCAAUACUUUUGUCUGCUUAUUGAUUGCAUUUCAUUUUUUGUUGUCUUUAGUUCCUGUUGCUGUUUUUUAACAUUUCAUUGUUUUUGAUUUAACGCUUUUCCUUCUACUGCUUUUAGCUCCUUUUUAUUGUUUCUUUCCUUUUUAUUUCUGUAAUCAUCUUACGACCUUGUCCUUUUGGUCUCAUUUCAUGCUGUUGGGUUCCUGUGCUGCCUUGGUUCUUGUAGGUUCUUCGGGUUUCUUAUGAGGAUGGUUAAAUUAUGCUAAUGAUGAUUUUGGUUGAUGGGCUCUUUUUGUGUUUGGGUUCUUGACGUUUGGGUUCGGUUGUUGUUUGGGCUCUUUUUUGUGCGGUUAUUAUGCUUUGUAUGCUUCUGCUGGUCUGUCAAAGUACUUUGUGAACCCUUGUUUCUAAAGGUGCUAUAUAAAUAAAGAUAUCAUUAUUGUUAUUAAA